AUGGAUGAAGAGUCUUACCGGUUCGUCGAGGGAGUGUGGCUGCACAAGAUAUUUAAAGAGGAACAAUAUCGUUCGGCGAUCAGCUACAAGCCACGUGACGGGGAUGUCUUCGUCGCUUCGUAUCCAAAAUGUGGCACCAACUGGACGCACUUCAUCGUCUAUAAUAUUCUGACGCGUGCGAAGCCGGUUAUUCACUUGAACGAGUUCAGACGCAUGUGCCCUUUCAUCGACGCGAACGGCAGCAGAGUCGCCGAAGACCCCCUGAGAACUGGGCCUAUUAUGACGCAUUCUCCGCUCCGUGUCCUUAAGCGAGCCAGUUGUGCGAAGUACAUCUACAUAACUAGGAACCCCUAUGACUGUGCCACGUCCUACUACCACUUUCUCAAAGGGAUCACCCCGAAAACCACUGACGUUUCCUUCCAAAGAUUUUUGUCUCUCUUCUUAGCCGGAAAGCUCGUUUACGGUGACUACUUUGAUCACUUGUUGCCGUGGUACCAAUGCCGUGAAGACGACAACGUCCUCUUUCUUACAUACGAAGAAAUGAAGGCCGACACCAAAGGACAGGUUUUGAAAAUCGCCGAUUUUCUUGGGCGCGAACAGCACGGUGCUAUGCUUCGCCGGGACGAAACUGUCUUGAGCCAGAUACUCGAUGCUUGCAGUUUGGACAACAUGAGGAUUGUCUACAAGGAUAUGCCGAUUGACAGGACAAAGAGAAGCCCUUUCUUAGAAGAAGCCUCAUCUGUGCAAGUGUCGAACGCAACACAAGAUGACGACGUGGAAAUGCAUGAUAGCCCCGGCUUCAUACGCAAAGGAAUUGUCGGCGACUGGAGAAACCAUUUUACGCUUGAACAAAUGCGACGCACAAAGGAAUGGAUUGCCAAAAAGACAGAAGGAAGUGACGUUAUGACCCUGUGGAAGGACUGUGAUCUGCCAUAGUUUACGUAUCUGACAAUAAGAAUGCCUUGAUC